UCCUUUGUUAAUUUGAAAAGUUUUGACACCUUGUUGAUGACAUGGAGAAUCACAUUGAUGAGAACGAAAAGACCUCUUCAGUGUUCAGUGAAGCUGAACUUGAAUACAUAGCACCAAGGUCUCACAAAACAGGCUCUUCUCUGUUAAGCAGACUUGGGAACAGAUUAAGAUGUUCUGGGCAGAUGGCAAAAUCCCUGCUGUUCAAAUUUAUACCAAUCCUUUACUGGCUUCCACGGUACCCUUUUAAGGAAUGGCUUCUGGGAGACAUAAUAUCUGGUUUAAGUGUUGGCAUUAUCCAACUUCCUCAAGGUCUAGCCUAUGCUCUCCUAGCCGGAGUCCCCCCAGUAUUUGGUCUUUAUUCAUCAUUUUAUCCUGUUUUUAUUUACUCCAUAUUUGGAACAUCCCGGCAUAUUUCUGCAGGCACAUUUGCUGUAAUCUCUGUAAUGGUUGGAAGUGUCACUGAGUCUCUGGUCCCCAAUGACACCUUAGUAAUAACAACCAAUGAGUCUCUCGCUGAUACUGGUGGGGAGCGAGUGGCUGUUGCGGCAUCUUUGACUUUCCUAGUUGGCAUUUUUCAGAUUCUUUUAGGGCUGGUGCAGUUUGGCUUUGUAGUAACCUAUCUGUCCGAGCCAUUGAUCCGAGGAUACACCACUGCAGCUGCUAUCCAUGUGACUGUGUCUCAAAUCAAAAGUAUCUUUGGAGUGUCCGUAGCCCAAAGAAGCCAUGCUUUGUCUCUUAUCUAUACCAUAGUGGAGAUAUGCUCCAAGCUUCCCCAGACGAACAUUGCUUCCUUAAUCACCGGGCUCAUUGCUAUCUGCGUUCUCUUCAUUGUCAAGUAUUUGAAUGAGAAAUAUUAUUCCAAGAUCCGUAUGCCGAUUCCAAUGGAACUAAUUACGUUAAUUGUUGCCACUGGGAUAUCGUACGGAGCCAAUCUGAAUGAAACCUAUGGUGUGGACAUUGUAGGGACAAUCCCAGUUGGGAUAAAAGCUCCAGUGUUGCCAAGGUCUGACCUUUUCCCCAAGAUUGUCGGCAAUGCAUUUGCCAUUGCUGUUGUAGUCUAUGCCUUUACAAUCUCUCUGGCUAAGAUGUUUGCAGGUAAACAUGGCUACACCGUGGAUAACAAUCAGGAGCUGAUUGCGCUGGGACUCAGUAAUUUUGUUGGCGGUUUCUUCAGCUGUUUCACCAUUGGGACUGCCAUGUCCAGGAGUCUAGUCCAGGAAAGCACUGGAGGGAACAGCCAGGUGGCUGGUGUUGUGUCCUGCCUGGUAAUCCUUGUUAUCAUACUCAAGGCUGGCGAGCUUUUUGAAACUCUGCCAAAAGCAAUAUUGGCUGCAGUCGUUGUUGUGAACCUAAAAGGCAUUUUCAAGCAGUUUUUAGACAUCCCAAUGCUAUGGAGGACAAACCGAAUUGACCUGUUGGUCUGGCUGGUGACGUUUGCUGCUACAAUACUUCUAAAUUUGGACAUAGGACUUGGUGUAUCUGUAGCGUUUUCAAUCAUAACCAUUAUCUUCAGAACCCAACUACCUCAUUACUCUGUUUUGGGUCAGGUUUCCAAUACCGAUAUCUACAGGGAUGUAGCCAGAUAUGCACAGGCUAAAGAAAUCCCAGGAAUAAAAAUAUUCCAGUCAUCCUGUACGUUAUACUUUGCAAAUGCUGAUUUAUAUGCUAAUGCUGUUAAAAGUAUGAGUGGUCUAGAAGUGGACAAACUAAUUGCCAUGAAGAAGAAAGCCAUGAAAAAGCAGAAACAAAUGGAGGAAAAAAAUGAAAAACUGAAGAAGAAAGAAAAUGGUUUGAAACAUCGAGCAACAGACCAGUCAGAAAAGGAAAAGGAGCAGAAUUCCAUUGCAUUGAAGAUUCCUGCUGUCAUCGAAAAAGAAAGUGCUGUAGAUUAUGAAGUUAUGGAAGAAGCAAAGCAAGGCUUUCUGGGGAACGGCAAUAUCUUUCACUCGCUAAUUCUGGACUUGAGUACAGUCAAUUUUCUAGAUACUGUCAGUGUUAAGAUCUUGAAAAAUAUAUUUCGUGAUUUCACAGAAAUCGAUGUUACCGUGUAUAUUGCUGGAUGUCAUGCCACGGUUCUAGAGCAGUUGGAGAAAGCAAACUUUUUCAGCAAAACAAUCACCAAAGGACAGUUCUUCUCGUCGAUUAAGGACGCAGUCAUCCAUAUUUUAAAUACCCGAAGUUUGACACCAGAACAAAGAAAUGAAAUUUUUGCAAGUACGAAGCUAUGAUUUGGUAGAUAUUACUGAUUCUGUCCAGCAGACCACUUUAUGGAUCUUAAUGCCAAUGCAUAUUUGUUUUUAAAAUGUUCAUUACGA